CGGACGGACGAUGCUCCGGCUGGUGUCGCUGAAGUUGGGGCGGCUGUACCGCUACGUGAAGCUGGCGGCGCUGGGCAUCCUGGCGGCGGCGCUGGCCCUCAACUCCCCGUCGCUGCUGGCCUCGCUGCAGCGCAACGAGCUGGCCGAGCGGCGCUUCCUGCAGCUGAACAAGUGCCCGGCCUGCUGGGGCACCAGCUGGUGCCGCAAGUUCCUCAACGGGCAGCUGCGGCUGGAGAGCUGGGGCCGCCUGCGCCUCCUCGACUUCCUCAACGUCAAGAACGUGUACUUCGCGCGCUACGGGGAGCCCCGCGAGGGCAGCCGGCGGGUCGUCCUCAAGCGCCUGGGCUCCGCGCGGGAGCUCGCCGACAUCGACGCCAAGAUCUGCCGGCGCGCCACCGGCAGGGGGCGCUGCGACCUCCUCCCGGCCCUGCACGCCACCGAGUUCGCCGGCAUCAACGGCGACGUCCGGCUCCUCACCCCGGACGUCGUGGAGGGCUGGUCGGACCUGGUGCACUGCCCCUCGCAGCGCCUCCUCGACCGCCUCGUCCGCCGCUACGCCGAGACCAAGGACUCGGGCAGCUUCCUGCUCCGCAACCUCAAGGACGCCGAGCGCAUGCAGCUCCUCAUCACCCUGGCCUUCAACCCCGAGCCCCUCGUGCUGCAGAGUUUUCCCUCUGAUGAGGGCUGGCCUUUUGCAAAAUACUUGGGUGCGUGUGGAAGAAUGGUGGCUGUAAACUAUGUGGGAGAAGAACUGUGGAGUUACUUCAAUGCCCCAUGGGAAAAACGAGUGGACCUGGCAUGGCAGUUAAUGGAAAUAGCAGAGCAGCUGACAAACAAUGACUUUGAAUUUGCACUCUACCUCCUCGACGUCAGCUUUGACAACUUUGCAGUAGGCCCUAGAGAUGGGAAGGUUAUUAUUGUGGAUGCUGAAAAUGUUUUGGUGGCAGAUAAAAGGUUAAUCAAACAAAAUAAACCUGAAAACUGGGAUGUAUGGUAUGAAAGCAAGUUUGAUGACUGUGAUAAGGAAGCUUGUCUCUCUUUUUCAAAGGAGAUUUUGUGCACUCGUGUCACUGUGGACCAUAAUUACUAUGCUAUUUGCCAGAACCUUUUAUCAAGACACGCCACUUGGCGUGGCACUUCUGGAGGACUUCUUCAUGAUGCUCCAGCUGAAAUUGCCAAAGAUGGUCGACUUGAGGCCUUGCUGGAUGAGUGUGCCAAUCCAAAGAAGAGAUACGGUAGAUUCCAAGCUGCAAAAGAACUACGUGAAUAUCUUGGACGAUUGAGCAACAAUGUGAGGUAGUUGAUGAUGGGUGGAUGGUCAGUAAUCUUAUUAUGACAGUGAAUAUGCUGGCACAAGAAUCAUGGGCAAGUGAGUUCUGAAAGUCAAACAAGGUCAAACAGCCAGAAGAAGAGAAUAAACUAUACACUUUUAUGUUGCUUAAAGGAUAUUUUGUAUAAGCUGACAAGAGUUACAUAUCCCAGUGACACUUGAGCUACUUCUAACUGGGAGAAGAUUGAGAAAUUGACUAGCAUGUGAAAUAGUACUUAACACAGCCUGUGUUAGUACCACCAUUUUGUGAGGCUAAUGCCCCUACUUGGAAAGUCAAGUUAUAUUGGCCUGUUUUAAAGGCUUUAUUUCUGAUGUCCUCUUCAGAUUUUGUUCUCAUUCUUAUGAUCUACUAAAGUGA